GCUCCACGCAGUGAACGAGAGACAGAGGAAGAGAGCAGUCCUGGCCCUUGGUAGACUAGACCUCUUCUAACUGUGCGUCCUUCGUCUACUCGCCUACUGCACAAUAAAUAACUCUAGACUCAGGGACAAAGCGGACAUAGCUACUGACCGGUCUACUGCUGCAUGGAGGCAUCUGGGCAGUGCGUGCAGGAAUACAGCUCCAGCUCAAUCGGACCUCUCACAUGUUCUAGGACGAAUAGAGAAGAGGAGAGGGGGAGCGCAGCGGAUGAAAGGAAAUAUUUACUACAUUGACUCACCGCAGUUUCUCCGCUCUGGGGAAGAGAGGAGAAUGGAGGAAUGAGGAGAAGAGACGGUUAAAGUGUGUUAUGUCAGGUGCUGCUGAUGGAGUUCUAAAUGAUGGAUACGUGUUGUCAUCUAUUUUAUGAAAUACAGCGACGGGUAGAGAGAGAGAGCUUUGCUGGGUGAUAAUAUUCAUCUGACAAAGACAUCUGCCGUUAGGCUACCCUUCUGACCGCAAUAAUAGCCCAGGCUGCAAAGAGACCUCGGCAUAGGCUACCUGAUCUAACGAGGAACCGAGUCGGUGUGACAUUAGGGACAAAGACGAGAAGAAGGAACUUCCCCGGUUUCUCAGCUACAGGUCAACAACGGAUCACAUCGGCUUUCAUCCCUCCCUGAACCACUCAAAACCGGAAUUAAGAUUCAACGGCUGUUGACACGCGCGCUUUGCGGACGGUUCAACUAAAGACAGGGUCUAAACGAGGAUCUGAAGACAUACUGGACAGAGGGACAUGUAUCUAACAUCGACCUCACAUGCACCCGACUAACAAACACACGAGCCACAGAAGAAAGCGAUAGAUAGCGGCUGCUCCCCUGCCACGCGCACGGCCGGUCAGACUCUCUCCUCCGCUCGCUCUAUCUCCCGGUUGUGAGAAUGACUGGGGUCGCGUGCUUGAAGUGUUACCUCUGGAUCUUUAUCUUCGUAUUUAGGUCGACGUUACCUUCUGACGCCAAAUUACUGGAAACUAUAAUAUGGAGCACUCAGAAUGCCAAGUUCCUGUCAGGUAGAGGGGUGGUCAUCUACCCAGAUAUCGGGGACAAGCUGGACAUUAUCUGCCCCAAGGCUGAGCCAGGACGAGACUAUGAGUUCUAUAAGCUGUACCUGGUCAGGAGAGAGCAGGUGGAGGGGUGCAGCACGGUCAUGGACCCCAACGUACUGGUCAACUGUAACAAGCCAGAGAAGGACAUCAAGUUCACCAUCAAGUUCCAGGAGUUUAGUCCCAACUAUAUGGGCCUGGAGUUUAAGAAGAAUAUGAAUUACUACAUCACAUCCACGUCCAAUGGUUCCAUCGAAGGCCUGGAGAACAGAGAGGGAGGAGUCUGUAAGACCAGGGCCAUGAAAGUUGUCAUGAAGGUUGGACAAGACCCCAACACUGUUCUACCAGACCCUAUAUUACCAGAGGAACCAGAGAGAGAGAACGACAACAGUCUGGGAGGAGACUUCAGUCCUAGCCCUGAGGACAACCUGCUGCCUGGGGCAGGAGAGCCAGGCAACACUGACUCUAUAAACCAGGACAACAGGUCAGGAGGCUCCAGCAGCAGUGACGGCAUUCUGGGGUCAAAGGUCGCUGUGUUCUCAGCCAUCGGAGCCGGCUGCAUCAUCUUCCUCCUCCUCAUCCUCUUCCUCAUCAUCCUGCUCAUCAAGAUGAGGAAGAGAUCCCGGAAGCACUCUCACGCUCAGCCCCACCCUUCCGCCCUGUCACUCAGCACGCUGUCCAAUCAGAACAAGUUGCCUGGCAGCGGGGGCACAGCCGGAACAGAACCCAGUGACAUCAUCAUCCCGCUGAGGACAGAGAAUAACUACUGCCCUCACUACGAGAAAGUGAGCGGUGACUACGGACAUCCUGUUUAUAUCGUACAGGAGAUGCCUCCGCAGAGCCCAGCAAACAUCUAUUAUAAAGUCUGAGAGAGGAGGAGAGAACAUUUAUUACCAGGUCUGAGAGAGGAGGAGAGGAGAGAACAUUUAUUACCAGGUCUGAGAGAGGAGGAGAGGAGAGAACAUUUAUUACCAGGUCUGAGAGAGGAGGAGCACCUAAAUGGAGAAAAGCAUAUGAACAUCUACAUAGAGUGUGAGUUGAAGAGAGAAGGAUAGGAGCGAUUGAUUACUCUACCAGUGGACUAACGUUUUAUUUUAACCUGGGGACUUGGCUUUUAACAAGCCCAUGUUGUUCAACCACCUACUGACCUAAGGAGAAGACGCCUGACAGUGGACCAUGGACUGAUCCAGAAAAACUGGACUGACAGAAACUGUCCAAUACAUUUCAUCUUGUUGUUUGGCGCUGUAGUGUGAUGUUUUACCCUCUGUGCUCCUGUUCUCUAUUCUCCUGUCCUCUAUCCCCCUGUCCUCUAACCUCCUGUCCUCUAUUCUCCUGUCCUCUAACUUUCUGUUCUCUAACCUCCUGUCCUCUAUUCUCCUGUCCUCUAACUUUCUGUCCUCUAACCU